UCCAUAGGCCGUGUAAUGCCCGGCCCAGGGUGGCCUAACCUAGGCCACUAAUAACCAUAUACAACUGAAUAGACGUAUUUUACAUGGAUCAACAUUCUUUUAAUGACCGAUCCUUUAGUAAGCCCUUUUUAUCGGAGAAAUCAUCAAACGACUCUAGAUUAUAGUGAACAGUGUGUAUGCACCUUAAGAUUUCGUCUCCAUACAAUCUUUAUAUAAAUAACGGAUGGCUCAUUUGAACAUUGACAGUCUGAUUUUCCUCCAUAAUCUUCGACAAAUAAAAAUGAAGCUGGCUGUUUUUGUCUGUGUUCUGUUUUGUUGCACGUGCAUCUUUGUCGAAUCAAAACAUUUUGAGAGAUGUGAAUUAGUUCAAGAACUGAGAAAACAAGAGUUUCCUGAAAAUAAAUUGAAUAAUUGGGUUUGUCUCAUUGAGAGCGAGAGUAGUCGUCGCACAGACGUUAUUGGACCAGCGAAUAGCGAUGGUUCUAGAGACUAUGGACUGUUCCAGAUCAAUGAUAAUAUUUGGUGCAGCAACACUACAGUUGCGGGGAAGGGAUGCCAGGUCACUUGUGCUGAAUUGAUUACGGACGACAUCACAAAAGCUUCAGUUUGCGCGAAGAAAAUCUACAGGAAGCAAGGAUUCUUCGCAUGGCAUGGAUGGACAAAACGCUGUCAGAAGUUUCUACAAGAUAUUAGUCAUUGUUAAAACACAAUGAAUGGGUUAUUGAAAGGGCUACUCAUCUUUAAGUAACAUAUUUUGCCUGUACGAAAGAGUAACGAGUGGCUCCAUCUGAGUUUUCAUUAAUAUCAGUGUUCCGUAUCCAAAAGAUAAAAUCGUAAGUCCUUCACCAAGCAUCAGGCGUCUCCUCAACCGUGAUGGCUAAACAGUUGAAAUUUUCGCAGAGCUUUGACUUAUACUAAAAAUAAAGAUCGGCGUUAAAUUACGCAUGUUAUGGUCAUUAAUUUGUUUUUGUAUAGCCUUUUUGUACUGAGCCCUCAAAGUUGCGACUCCGACUGGCAUUUGACCGCUUUUCACGCAACAUUUUUACGACACUGUUUAAAUAGAUGGUGUUAAUUAAGAAAUGCACAUUUCUAUGACAUAGUAUCACCUGCCUAGUCAAACAACGUCAAAUGAAAUAUCAUAUAUUGUAGCAAUGUAAUGUAGCCAUCUUACUCAAUUCUGUAGAAUUAAGUCACCUAAGUCUGAAAAGGGUUUGAAUGUUAGCAUACAAACGACUUAGCUUAGUAGGACCAGUUAUUAAACUAUAACUUCAAGCAGAAGGAUGGGAUGAAGGUGCCACUAUCUCUCAUUGUAGACAGGGUGCUUAGGUAGAGGCUGGGAUUAAAUAUGCUUAGCAUGAUGAAUGGAGAUGUAUGUUGACCAGAAUAACAUACGAUUAUGUCACAACCCUAGGCCCAUUGUGGAUGGUCAAGUCAAUUUUGUCUUUUCAUCGAAUUAAUUUGUAGAAAUUUGAGUGUCACAAAAUAACGUACUUACAGAACUUUUGUUAAGCAACAAAAGAAAAAAAAUGUAACAAGUGACAACCCUUAAGGAUACCUGACUAUGCAAAAGAAAAGGAUCGACAAUCGACACUAGCGGGAAUGACACUCAUUAAAGAAAGCCAAUUGCCAUUGCCAGCGAUCAAAAUUAAAAAAGAAUGGAAUUAAAAUGGCGGCUGUAGUGCCGCGCAUGCGCGUGCCAUCGACUGGCGUAGCCGUGGCAGCGGCACUGGCGGCGGCAGUUCGCCGUUCGCAUCGCGUUGUGAUGUUCGCGCUCGAAUGGGAGGCGCGGGAUGGGCGCGCGGCGAAGCGCGCGUUGCCGAUGACUCCGACUUUGAAGCACUAAAGAAACUCCUCGCUUCAGAAACAGGCUGGACCUUGGAGUACGAAAAGGACGGCGUUAAAGUGUGGGCCGAAGAUGCGGCACACGGCGCGCUCCGAACUGUCAAGGUGGUGGCAGAAUUCGAUGACGUGGAACCGGAUGCCCUGUACGAUGUGCUCCACGACCCGGAGUACCGCUCCGUGUGGGACACGCACAUGCUCGCCGCUGAAGACGCCGGACACAUCAACGUUAAUAACGACGUCGGGUAUUAUGCGAUGUCAUGCCCGGCGCCUCUCAAGAACCGCGACUUCGUACUGCAGCGGUCGUGGCUGGACACGGGCGACGAGAAGAUGAUCCUCAACCACUCCGUCUACCACAAGGACUACCCGCCGAGGAAGGGAUAUGUCAGAGCCAUGUCGUUGCUCACGGGGUUCGUGGUGCGCUCGCGCACCGUCGCUGGCAGCUGGCUCGGGUACGUGUCCCGGUCCGAUCCCCGGGGAGCCCUGCCCGCCUGGCUGGUUAACAGAGUCACAGCCCAGCUAGCGCCGCGUCUAGUCCAGCAGCUGCAUGCAGCAGCUCGGCGCUACCCCGGCUGGAAGGCGCUCACCGACCUGCCCUACCACAAGCCCUGGAGACACCCUGAACAAGUUCCACCGCAUAGGAUCUCACUUGACGAUUGUGUUGACCCCGACGCCCCACCACCACCAGAGGAACCGAAACCAGAUACAUCAAAAAGCAAACUAGUCGUGCCACAACCCAGGGAGAUAGAAAGCCACAGCGUUGAAGACCUAGGAGACAUAUCCUCAGAGUUCAGCGUAGAAGUAGAAGAAGACACCCUCGACCACCAAGACCCAACGAAGAAGAAGGGAAAGUUCUACAAACUUGUCAAGUCAAUGAAGAACAGAAGGAAAAGUGUGCAGGUGGCGAAGAGUGCUGACAACCUCGUUGACAAGCCUUUAGAAGAAAGGCACGAGAAGAAAAAAGGGUUCAAGUUUCAUAGGAGAUUUAGCCUGAGUAGGGGAAAAGAGGAUUGAGCUUAAGCGAGUUGUGAAUAGGUAACGAAUUGAAUUUUGAAAGGAGUUGUGAAGCACGUGAUGCGGAUGAUGUAUAAAGAUACUGUCAACAGACAAAUGCUUUGUUGUUCUGUGGAAUGUCAGGCUUGGCUUGCUUUCGUAUCGGUGGUACCGAAGCGGUAAGCUUUAUUUCAAGUAUCAGCUGUACCAUGUAUCAAGGAUUCCGGUUUGGGUUUCUAUGGAUCGCCUAUACUUCGUUUUUCUUCGUCAGAUGAUUAUGGUUUAUUGGAAUUAUAAUUGUAUAUUACUUCAGAAGAUUUCGUGAUCGUGUUCGCUCGUCACGUGGUUCACAGAUUCCUAUUGACGUUAUAUCAUUGACGAUUCAUCAUUUGAUCCCUUGAAAUGCCAAAUAAUCACGACAUUUUCGUUUUUCUGAUCUUUUUCAUUAAAUGCUUUGAUUGAAAUAAACUCUACUAGUAUUUUG